GGAUAUUUAUCCAUCCUAUCUUCCGGUGAAUCCCCCUCCUCGAUUCUCGGGAUUCAGACUAAUGAUGCGGCCUUUCAGUUGUAAGGGAAUUUUCCUUGAAGGGUCUAUAUCAUGAGGUCAGAGUUUCUUUUAGUGGUAGUUUGCGAAAGGAGCCUGAACACAAAUCACUUUUGCAGUGCUUCAAAACUACCAUGAACUGUAUAAUCCAGCUGCUUGAGUUGUUUUGUGUCAUAGGACAUAUCUCCCACACACGAGGGUUUCCAUUAUUCUCUACACUGUGGGACAAUUAUCCGCUCGUGUCCAAGUAUUCUGGGCGCACGGCCAUGAUUGACGCAGCGGGGCUUGGGACUUACCUUUACGGCCCCAACACGUACGCAAUUCGUCUCAGCUACGCGCUCAUUCACUCUGGUCAUAAAAUCAGUAUUCAAAGAGGGCAGUUCAACUGGUCUGGGGAGAGGGCGAAACGUGCUACUGGCCGCUACAAGGAUGCCAAGUAUAUCAUACGAGUGGCGACCAUGCGACAAUACCUGGAGAGAGUCCUAGGGCCGGCACAGAUUGUAUCGAAAAAAGAGUCGGAUUUCAAGGGGACCAAGGGUAUAAUUGUGUUCCAGGACUGCCCAAAGUUCACCUCUGCCACGGGUCACGUGGAUCUUUAUGACGGCAGUCGCUGCGUCAAUAAGGGCUUCUUUGAUCAGUGCAACACCAUUCGUCUGUUUAUCUUACCUUGAAUAGACUGCUAAAACGCUUGCCGCUAUAAUGCCGUAGAUUUUCCAAUCCACCUUUUUUUUUGUGCUUGGUUAUGAUUUUAGAGGCAUUGUUCCUUGGUUCGUGGUGGUACUGCUCUCAUUUCUUUCUCUUUUUUAUAUCUUUCUUUAUUUUGGUACUAUAACAUUGAAUAAAUAAAGAAAGCACUGAUUACUAUUAAAAGGAAACAAUCAACGUAGCCAAAGUGUAUUCCAAUGAAGCCGCAUUUCCAAUAAGUCGCGAAUGAUAUCUCAAGUCGUAUCCCCGAAUAAACCGCUCCAGCCUACGGGCAACGCGAAA